AUGAAGCAAUGGAUGAUAAUACUGCUAGCGAUUGCUAUAGUAAAAGUCAGCAUUCAGCAACAGUCAAUUUUGAUUAAUCCAGCAGUCUCAUAUACGCCAUGUAUUGGCGACUAUGAUAUUAAUGUAAAUUAUGAACCUGGCUUGCCUCCAGAGGAAGAAAAUAAAUACAUGCUUAGUAUAAGCAAAGAUUUUCCGUUGCAUACGAAUAUAAUAGUAACGUUCGACGCCGAUGCAAGCAUAACGCUGGAGGACAAAAGUUUUGCGAGAGUGUCUCUCAACUUUGUCAAUUCAUUCACAAUACGAUUUUUUAAACCACACAAUGGAAUUACAUUUACUGUGAAGGGACUUACACCGUCCAUAGUUCCUUAUGUAACAAGCCUUGUGAUUAAUAAUGAGGAAUAUUGCAAUAAACCUUGGCCGGGAUAUUUAGACUCGUACAUACAAGGAUUUCAAGAUACAGCUGAAAGUCCAGAUAGGAAACCAAAGGGUAACUGUGGUAGACGUCAAGUAACGCACACCGAGUUGAUCGUCAAUGGAGCCGCCACCAAGCCAGGAGACUGGCCCUGGCAUGUAGCUUUGUAUAAAAUUGAUCAUGCCGAUAUAAAAUACAUCUGCGGAGGAACACUGGUCUCCAAGAAUCAUGUACUAACAGCUGCACAUUGUGUUACACUAAGAAGUGUACCUGUAUUGCCAGAGACUAUCAGUGUUGUACUCGGGAAAUACAAUUUGAUUGGGGGAGAUACCGAAUCCCAAGAAAGAGAAGUGUACAGUUUGAAUAUCCAUAAGGAUUUUAAUCACAAGCGUUUAGAUAAUGACAUCGCUCUACUAAAAUUGAAAUCUGAAGCAGUUUAUAAUGAUUACAUACAACCAGCUUGCAUAUGGUACCCGAAAGCUGUUGACAGACUGUCAAGUUCAUCCGAUAUUUACGGAACAAUUGUGGGAUGGGGAUUUGAGAACACAGAUGCUCUAGCACCGCAGCUUCGCCAAGCCAAAAUGCCCAUAGUAUCAGAGAGUACUUGUAUAAAAAGUAACCCUCUCUUCUACGCCAAACUUCUCACAGACAACAAAAAAUUCUGUGCCGGAUAUCGCAAUGGUACCUCAGCAUGUAAUGGCGACAGUGGAAGCGCAUUCCAAGUGUUCCUUCCAGAUAAUGAAAGAGAUGAGAGUCCAGAUGCCGUCGGUGCUUGGUACAUACGAGGAAUCGUAUCCGUCACAUUGUCCAGAGUUGACGUAGCCAUAUGCAAUCCAGAUGAGUAUGUAGUUUUCACUGACGUUGAAAAGUACAAAACCUGGAUCGAUAAUAAUAUUAGCAAUAUGUGA